AUGAGUACAAGUCCCUCAUCGCGUCACAAUACAAAAAAACUCAAUAAGGCUGCGACGAUGAAUUCGGCGAGCAAACAUCAGCAACAAUCCUCAUCUUCAUCAUCAUCGUCAACGAAUUCGAACGCUUUCCCACGUUAUUUACCUCAUGCUCUGCUUUUACGUGCUACUGAACGUUAUCAACGCACACCUAAGUGUGCACGAUGCCGAAAUCAUGGUGUUGUUUCGGCGUUGAAAGGUCAUAAACGUUACUGUAAUUGGAAAGAUUGCAUUUGUGCUAAAUGUACACUUAUUGCUGAACGACAACGUGUCAUGGCUGCACAAGUUGCCCUACGCCGACAACAAGCACAAGAAGAAAAUGAUGCACGAGAACUGAGUGCGAUCUAUGGAACGCCACCGGAAGCCAUUUUAGCUCUACGUCGAUCACUCAAUGCUACGGCUGAUGGUUUAGCAACAACGUCAUCGACUGUCUUAGAAGACGAUGAAGGCAAUACGAGCAACGACGAAGAGAACUCGAAUGAUGUUGUUUCAAUUGAAAAAAAUUCAACAUACAAUGGUACCAAUGGAAAAGAGGGUAACGAGAAUGACAAUGACAAUGACGAUGAAGACACGAAUAGCAAAAGUCCUCAUCCAUCAUCACCAACAGACAAUCAUUCAAUAAAACGCGCAUCAAAUUCACCGGCUGCCGUACGAUCAUCCGAUGAAAUAGCUUCACGGCGGACCUCGUCGCCUAUUUCACCAUCAUCAUCACCGCGAACAAAAGAAGCAGUAACAAAUCAACAUGCCCACCACCAACAACAACAACAACUUUUCCCUCUCCCAUCCAAUGAGCACGAUAUGUCUGAAGCUGUUAAACGUGUUAUCGCCAGUGUCUAUUCCGAAGCCACUAAAUCAGCAUUCAGUCCAAUCAUGGCAUCAACCUAUUUGAAUCAUCAUCACCAUCAACAAAACCGUCUUUUUACUUCCCCUUAUCCACCACCUCAUCCCCUUUAUUUUCACCAUCCACCACCGCCCAUCCCAUCACCAGCUUCAAUGAGUAUUCUCUCACGGGCAACAUCACUUGCCGCUGCACCAAGACAUCCAUCACAUCAUCGAUGCAUAUUACCAUUCUGUACAUGUAAACUUGUUGCUCCGUCAUCAUCAUCAUCAUCAACAACAACCAAUUAA